ACGUACUGACGUGGUGAAUUGUGAUGUGGGGGAACCUUCCAACUGAUAAUGACGUCUGGCGGUAUGAGUGGAAUUUUCUGAAUUCUAAAUGUUAGGAGUUAUGACAUGGCUUGAAACUAUAUGGUUAUAUAAAAUUAUGUAAGUUAUAAGACGACACAUUUCAGGUAUAGAAAAAAAAAUACCUCGAAUUUUUAUGUUCACAAUUGUCGUCGUUAUUCGUAUUAUAUGGUAAUCAAGGUUAGAACUGUUAGAAGUGUUCAUGAGUAUUUCUAUCAAAAAUGAUUUCCAAGACGCUUUUAGUUACUUUUCCUAUUCUUGUAGUCUUGUGUCAUAAAUCAUCGGCACAAUACGCACCAGCACCGCCUGGUGUAAAUCCACAAUUGUAUCAACAACAGCAGCAGCAAGUGCCUAUUCAACAUUUACCUCCACAACAAAAUGUUCCUCAACAAGUACCUUACCAACAACCGCCACCACAAACUCAGCAGCAACAACACCACCAACAACAACCACCACCACAACAACAACAACCGAGUCAUGGCCAUGGUUCCCAAGGACAUCAUCCCCAUACACAACAAGUGUUACAUAAUUCAAACUUAGCAGAAGAAAGCGAUCAUAUAAAAAAACAUUUGGAUCUACCAACAUUAGACACAAGCAAAAUGUCUGAACAAGAAUUACAAUUUCAUUAUUUUAAAAUGCAUGAUGCAGAUAACAAUAAUAAAUUAGAUGGAUGUGAACUUAUCAAGUCACUUAUACACUGGCAUGUUCAAGGUGGCCAUGAUCCCGCAGCAGGCGGGGCACCUCCCCAAGAAAAAAUAUUUACAGAUGAAGAAUUGAUGCAGUUAAUUGACCCUAUAUUAACCAUGGAUGACACAGAUUUUGAUGGUUUUAUAGAUUAUCCAGAAUUUGUUAUUGCUCAAAAUAAAGCAGGCAGUACUCAGAAACAAUCAGCAUAAGAAAAUAAACAUAAUAUAUAUAAAUUAAAUAUUUUUAUUUGAUUUUGACUAUUAUAUAAAUAAUUAUUGUUUAAUUCUUUUUGUUUUCAAAGAGGGUAAAAUAUUAAGUUGAUUGUUUUACAAAUAUUAUUUCAAACAAAAAUUACAGUUUAAAAAAAUUACCAACUUUAUGAAAACUUAUAAAUUUAAAUUAGAUCAUAACUACUUACAAGCUGAAUGCAUUACAUUAAAAAUAAAUAUAAUUAUUUAAGUACAAUUUAACUAAAAGAAACUAAGAGAGCUCAAACUUUUACAAAUUUAUAAAAUUUAAAAAACAAAUGUUUCCAUAAAUCAUGAAUGAUUCUUCUUGUAUUCUAUAUCAUAGUCAUACUUAUUUUUUUUUACAAAUAUAUUUUUUAUUUUUUUGAUAUUUGAGUUUACUCAUUAACAUUUCAACAUUUUCUUCCACACAUUCAACUGGUGGCUUAUUAAUCUUGCGUACAAUUAAGUAUAAACCAAUCAAUGUUAAACCUUUGAAAAUUAAAAAAUAUAUACAUAUUUAAGUGAUUCACCAUUAAA